UUGGUCCAAAAGCUAAGCAAGUUGCAGUUAGGCAAGCUCCCCUCGCUGCUGUUUCCCCGGCGAGCCACCGCCACCGGCGAUGGGUACUCGCCGCCGCAGCCUCCACUGUCUGCUCGACCGCCUUCUCGUCCUCUCAUCGCUCCUGCUCCUCGCGUCCGGUGAGGUCUUCUUCGAGGAGCGCUUCGAAGAUGGUUGGGAGACUCGGUGGGUGAAAUCUGAUUGGAAAAGGAGCGAAGGAAAAGCUGGAAUGUUCAAGCACACAGCAGGAAGAUAUUCUGGUGAUCCUGAUGACAAAGGCAUACAAACAACAAUGGAUGCCAGACAUUUUGCUAUCUCAGCCAAGUUCCCAGAAUUCAGUAACAAGAAUCGAACACUGGUGGUCCAGUACUCCAUUAAGUUUGAGCAGGAUAUUGAAUGUGGUGGUGGCUAUAUUAAGCUGAUGUCAGGUUAUGUCAACCAGAAAAAAUUUAGUGGGGACACUCCAUACAGCUUGAUGUUUGGGCCAGAUAUAUGUGGUACUCAAACAAAGAAGCUCCAUCUCAUACUUUCUUAUCAAGGGCAGAACUACCCCAUCAAGAAAGAUCUACAAUGUGAGACAGACCGGUUAACGCACGUGUACACUUUCAUUCUUAGGCCUGACGCAUCUUAUAGCAUGCUUGUGGAUAACCGUGAAAGAGAAUCUGGGAGCAUGUACACUGAUUGGGACAUCCUCCCUCCUCGUAAAAUUAAGGAUGUUCAUGCCAAAAAGCCUAAGGAUUGGGAAGACAGAGAAUAUAUUGAAGAUCCUGAUGAAGUUAAGCCAGAGGGCUAUGAUUCUACUCCGAAAGAGAUUCCUGAUCCAAAGGAGAAAAAGCCUGACACAUGGGAUGACGACGACGAUGGCAUAUGGAAGCCUAGAAUGAUACCAAAUCCAGCAUACAAGGGGCCAUGGAAACGCAAGAAAAUUAAGAAUCCUAACUACAAGGGUAAAUGGAAGAUCCCAUGGAUUGAUAAUCCAGAGUUUGAGGAUGAUCCAGAUCUGUAUGUACUGAAACCUUUGAAGUAUAUUGGAAUUGAAGUUUGGCAGGUAAAAGCUGGUUCAGUUUUCGACAACAUUCUGAUAUGUGAUGACCCUGAAUAUGCAAGAAAGAUUGUUGAUGAAACUUGGGGUGCAAAUAAGGAGGCUGAGAAGGAGGCUUUUGAAGAAGCUGAAAAGGAGAGGAAAACUAGAGAAGACGGGGAAGCUCAACAAGCAAGGGAGGAAGGAGAGCGGCGCCGAAGAGAGAGGGGUGAUCGACACCGUGGCAGGGAUCAUUACAAGGACAAAUACAAAAGACGUUACAGGGAUCACUGGGAUGACUACCAUGAUGAGCUGUGAAGUCCCCGAAAUAUUGCAUCAAGCUAGAGGUUGCCGUGGACAUUGCGUGGUAGUUUUCACCAAUAAUAGAUUCGCCAAGCCAGAACAACCUGAAUUGUUUCUUGUUAUGUGCCAAAUAAAUUAUUAAAUUCCAGGAUUGAGAUGAAAUGGGCAAGACCGAAGAUCAUUCCUGCUUCCUGGGCAAUAACAGGGCAUUCCAGCGAAUACUUGGCUCUGGCACUGAAAUAAUGGAAUGAGACUGUGGUGUGUAAUUUACACGGCGCCGGUGAUGUGCUACCUUUGCAAACUCAAAACAAUGACUUUUCCAAUAUGAACAAUGUAUUGUUGGCCAUACGAUGAUUCCAAAUUUUACUGCAUAUCAAGUCAUACAAACUACUGUUGCUAAGGAACA